CGUCCGUCAGUUUCCGCUGUUAUUUGAAACCGUUUUGAAACAAUAAACAGUGUUGAUCCGUAUAUAAAAUGAUAAAUUAAAGGCGUAAUAGGUUAGUACUUAACCAUCAGUGUUUUAAGGGUUUCAGCUCAGGAUGGAGCAGCAGGAGCAGAGAGAGUGGGAUGCUGUGAACAGGUUGCUGCAGCAUCAUGGGUUCAAACCUGUCAACUUUGCAGAUCCAACAGAGAACAAGAACCUCGCAGAUUUGGUUUUGUUAGACCGCAAGUCUGCUUCUGACUUCCGCAUGAUGUUGAAGACUAUGCUGUCGGAUUCUGAAAGGAGACAAGGUCUAAUUCAAGAGCUCAUUCAGUCCAACAGCCAAUUAAAAGAGGAAGUGAAGCAGCAUCAGACGCGAGCCGCCCAGCAGUCUCAGAGGGCUGUCGAGCUGGAGGGCAUCCUGGAUGGGGUGAAGGUCAAAGUUCAAGACUUAGAGGACUCAUACAUCAGUAAAGCGGCCCAACAGCACGGCCAGUUCCAACAGCUGCAACAGGAAAAGAGAGAUGCUGAGAAGCGCUGUCAGUCUCUGGAGCAGAAGCUUUCUCAGGAGAAGGAGCAAGUGUCUCAUCUGCAGAAGAAGCUCCAGUACGUUGUGAAGGACGAGGAGAGACGUGUGACCCGCCAGAACCAGGCUUUCCAACAGAUCCACCGCAGAUCAGCCCGACACAACUCCACCAGCGACCAGCAAAUUUUGGACGUCAUUGACGUGUACGAGUCCCAAAUACAACAGCUACGUAAUGAACUAAUACUGUAUAAAAGCAGCUCAGGAGAGAAGAAGGACUCCUCAAACUCCCAGAAGAACAGAUCCGCAGUGGAGAAAGAUGCCACUGACUAUUCCUCCAACUAUAAAACCCUUUUAAAGUCAUACCAGGAGCAGCUGAAGGAGACG